UUACCACAGACAAAAUUGUAGUGACCUUUGCAUUGUACCUUGUACCUAGAACGAACUAAUCCACCACAUGGUCAUAUACCGGCCUUGCCUCUACUUACUUUUUCCAGGGCUCUACAGAAGCUACACAUUGAGCUAGAUAUGGCGGAAGGAGGUAUCUCAAAGUCUGAGCUCGUAUGCAGAGACCCCCCGUGCAGAACCCAAUCAGAGAGUGACACUCCUAACCCGAACCCCACCUCGAGACCAGCAAUGGCUAGGUUGUCUUCGUACACAUUUAGUCACGAGAAGAAGCUCUUUCAAGGUCGCAACACGAAGAAGCAGUGGAUGUUUGCAGUCAAAAAGACGAGGGCUCUGGUUGACCCCUGGGGGGAGAUGGGGAUAGAUAGUCUCCCGGAGCAAGUGGUGACUAGGCACAUGUACAACCCUCGCACUAGGAAAUGGAAGAGCGACGAGAUUGUUGUCAAAAUGCAAACAGAGUCUUUUGCUCAUGGUGCAAUGAGAGAGUGCUUCAGAAUGAAGAAGCUGUCUAAAUUCUCCCAGCAUCCAGAUUGGCUGAAUGCGUCUAACUAUGUCGCCAAACGCUACAUGAAGGAGGCUUCCAGGGAAACGUAUUUUGAGGAUGUCAAGUUACAGAUGGACUCAAAGUUGUGGGGAGAGGAGUACAACAAACUGGAGGUGGUACCCAAGAAGGUGGACUUUUUUCAGACGUACAUUAUAGAAUUCAAAGGUCAAGAAGGCAGUCCACUGCACGGGGUGGAACAUUUCAUCGAGGGUGGCUAUGUCAAGUACAACUCUAACUCUGGGUUUGUGUCUGACCUCAAUCGCCUCACUCCGCAGACGUUCAGUCACUUCACGUUUGAGAGGUCCGACCACCAACUGAUUGUAGUGGACAUUCAAGGUGUGGGUGACUUAUACACUGACCCUCAGAUGCACACAGUGGACCAGAAGGACUAUGGAGAAGCCAACCUUGGAGUGAGGGGAAUGGCUCUCUUCUUCUCCUCCCAUGUCUGCAGCCCUCUCUGUCAGGCACUAGGAUUGACUCAAUUUGACUUAAAUGUCAAAGAAAUGGACAACUUGCGCUCCAAACGAUGGAAUUUCUCGACCCCUGCCACCAAAAUCGUUGACAGAGAAGUGCCUGAUUCUGAGGCCAAGACAAAAGAAGGCCACCUACCAAGAGAAACGGUUGAGGAGGCCUUCCAUAGACUAAGUGUGAGUAUUAACGUUGAAAAUCUCAAGAAUACGAAAACGAAAACUACAGAAAUGGCCCCCGAGAGUCCCCUACCGUUAGACAGUCCAUUGGAUAGCCCUCUAGUGACCGGUACACUUCUGUCUACCGUGGAACCACACCCACUAAUGAUUACCCUCCCUUCCGCAAGAAUACAAGAGAUACGAGGUGGAGAGAGUUUUCCCAUGAGGUCCCGGAGUGACAGUCAAUGCAGCAAUGAUUCCAUCGACUACGACAGCUGCCUAAUCAACGACCUUGAAACAUAUCCCAUUAGUCAAGAGGAGGCCGUAUUUGAGGGCCGCUCAAAAGAGGAGUCUGGAGCGGAGAAUAUUCUUCACUCAUCGAGUGCCGAGGGAGAGAGGACUCGUCUAAGAGAGGAGGGGGCCGUAUCGUCAACGGAGACAGAUGCUCUAAAGAUCCUUGGAAUUAUACAUCUCGAUCUGGCCAGGUUGCAUGAGUCCGGUCGUUUUGUUUCUGAUCUAUCACCAGUCGACCAGAAUGCUGUCCAGUUUCACCUGGAGAGAGCAGCAAAGUGUGGCAAUGUCGUAGCUCUGUACACACUGGCACACAUCCACCUCCAGCACCCACACCAAGAGUUUCAGGACAUCUCAGUCGAGGCUACUCCUGAGAAUGAAGCUGUCGGGAUGGAGCAUCUACUGGCAGCUGCCAAGAGAAAUCUCAAACCGGCCAUGUUUGAGUUGGCAAAGGCUCUGGACACGGGUCUCUAUGCAAGAGAUCCAAACUGGUCUGAAGCGGCACUUUGGUAUCACAAAGUCCUCGAGUACGAAUUAGCCUCUGACAGUGAGGCAGAAUCAAUGUCUACAGUAGACCCAGACUAUCUCGUUCAAGCGCGUCUCGCGGGGUUGUACCGAACGGGAGGAAAUGGUCUAACAAAGCACUCCCAGAAAUCAGGUGAUCUCUACACAGAGGCAGCAGAGGCAGCUAUGAGUGCUAUGAAAGGAAAACUGUCCACCAAGUAUUUUAUGUUAGCUGAAGAAGCUUGGGGAGAAAUGGACAAUGAUUAACACUUUUUACACUCCUUUUGGUUUAAUAACAUUUAUGCCUCGAGGCUACGGUAAACCUGACUGUGUGUGUGUGUGUGUUCCAGCUGUAACUGCUCGACAGUUGCAAUGCACUAAAAAAUAACAGCUUCUAUAGUGAA